AUUCUGCAAGAUGGACUCUGAGAAGAAUUUGAAUACUAGGAGCCACAUCACAAGAAACAGCAAAGUUAUUGUUGACAGAUGGUUAAACCAUUCUUCAAAACAACAUGACAAAAAAAGAAAACCGGAGGAAAAGUCACAGGAAAUAAGUAGAAAAUAUAUGUUUAAAUACACGCGUGGAGGUGAGACACAGAACAACCUGAAACAUGGAAUUAUCAGAUUGAAUUCAGAAGACACCGAGGAGCAAAUAAAAAUUCCAUGUAUCAUAGCGCCUGCUGACACUGACUGUAAGAUUUUAUAUGAGGAGAUGCGCAAAUGGGUUCCUUAUAGCAAAGCACCAAAGGCAGUUCUAUCCCUUACUGGAGGAUCAGCACAUUUUUUAAACAAUGAAACACUUGCAAGUCGAUUGAAAAGUGGCUUACUGGAUCUUAUCACCACCACAAGUCUCUGGCUCAUUACUGGAGCAACGAACACAGGAAUUACAACUUCUGUAGGAGAAGCAAUUCAGGAAUACAGGGAUAAACAUGAAAACAAAGAUCAUAUUCCGGCUUUUGGAUUUUCCGAAUGGGGCAAGGUUGUUAAAGGUUAUUACCAAACCUGCAAUGGCAAGGAUUUAGAACCAAACCAUACACACUUAAUAAUGGUCGAUGGCAGCGAGGAAAAGGUAUUGAAGCUCAGAACAGACCUUAGAAGUUAUCUUGCAACACAUAUGCAGAUUCCGGUGAUACUGUUGAUUGUAGAAGGUGGACCAAAAACAUUUGAAAUAGCAUUGGAGUCUGUCAGAAAGAAGAUUCCUGUUUUAGUAAUAGAAGGGUCGGGUAAAGCAGCGGACUUCAUAUCUAAAGGUUAUAAAUUAAGCGAGGAUAAAACAAGUGACGGAAAGAGCGUUUUUACCGAAACAUUUGUACCAGAAAUGUUUCAGUCAGCAAAAAACAUGUCAGACACAGGCAAAGAUGAUCCUAAUAAGUAUGUAACCCAACUAAAGGAAUGUCUGAAGGAAAAGCGGGAAAUGAUUUACGUUUUUUCGUUAGACGAUACAAGUGAAACUUUGGACAGGCAUAUACAAGAUAUGAUUUUUACCAUAAGAAAUAAAGAUAAUAAAAUGGAUACCGAGAAAAAAAUUCGUUUGGUCAACAUCUGGAACAGACCUGAUAUAGCUGAAAACCACAUUUUUAACAUGCAGAAUAGACAGGACAUUGCGUAUUUACGGGAAUCGUUGAAAAAGAAACAUAGUGCAGUUUCAGAGCUGUUUAAAAAGUCUUUAGUGAACAACAGGGUCGAAUUUGUAACCCUUGUGUUGAAAUACAUUCUAGCCCCAGAAUGUUAUCAACAAUUUGUGACAGACAAUCUUUCUUUACUAUACAGAGAGUGUAUGGAUCCAGAAAAGGAGAGUAGUUGUACCGCAGGACAGUUCCUACACGAAUAUUUACAGUCAUCAAAACAAUCGAUGUUGAAGAGAGGUAACUGGAAAAACGAUCGCAGUGACCUAAAAUAUCUAGACGAUAUAAAUCAAGCUGUUAUACUGCUACUUGGCAAUAGACAACUCAAGCCUAUUGAGACUAUGGGGACCAUUUUCCCCUUUAAAGCACUUUUUAUUUGGGCAGUGCUUAUGAAUCGAAGGGAGAUGGCUGAGCUAUUUUGGAAAAAGGAUAGUGAUUUUAUAUGUGCAGCGUUAUAUGCAAGUUCAUUGGCCAAGAAGCUAGCAGAGAGCGCUUGCUCAGAAGAAAAUAUGGAAUUGAUAACAUCGUUUGCAGAGAAUUCCAAAUAUUAUGAAACCCUUGCAUACAAUGUGAUGACAGAAUUGUAUUGUAACGAUAAAUCCAAGGCCAGACAACUGUUGGUGAAAAAAGUUGAAAGAUAUGGUAAUGCGACAAUAUUUGAAUUAACAGAACACAACAACCUUAUGAAGUUUAUUGGACACACUGCUUGCCAAACUAAGUUGAAUAUUAUUUGGAAGGGACGAAUUGCAACUUAUACUUCACACAUGAAGGUAAUUUUUGGCGCUUUCCUACCCUUUUUGAUACAAAGCAUGAUGAUUCAAGACGACAAAGAAAAGAAAUCUACUUAUGAGACACCACAAACCCGGUAUGCCUUAGACACACACAAAGGUUUGCCAAACGGUAUUCACAACGGGUCGACAAAGCAUGGGCCUGAAUUUCUUACUGAGCAACACCAAUCUAAACGAGCAGAAAACUGGAAUGGUAUAGCAUUUCAUCAAAGAAUAAGAAAUAUAUAUUACUUUUACAACGCACCUGCAACCAAAUUCAUUUUUAAUGUAUUGGCGUACACAGCUUUCUUAGUGGUUUUCUGUUUGUUUGUGCUGACAGAUUUACAUUCAAUGGUUAAGGGCGGCAUAUCUACUUAUGAAUAUGUCACGUGGGGAUGGGCAGCAUCUAUGAUGACAGAAGAAAUCAGACAGGCUUUAGUUAUGUCAAAGGCGCCUUUCAGAUAUGUGACUUGGUUCAAUUUUUGGACAGUAUACGAAGGAAUCAUGUUUUGUCUGUUUAUUACAUCUGUUCUCCUUCGAUUAACCUUGUCAGAUGGUGAUUUUCAUUAUGCACGUGCGACGUAUGCAAUAACACUUGGAUUGUACAUUGUGAACUUCAUGCAAUUUUUUCUUGUUUCGAAGACAAUUGGUCCAAAGGUCAUCAUGUUGGGGAAAUUGAUCUAUGACAUCAUUUUCUUUGUGUUGCUAUUUGCCGUGUUUGUAUUUAGCUUUGGUGUCAUUUACCAUGCAAACAUGUACCCGAACAAUGUCUGCCCUAGCCCUAACAAUAGUACAAACACGACAAGAAGUGCAUAUGGACUUUUAAAAAAUAUCAUAUAUAUGCCAUACUGGCAGUUAUACGGGGAAUUGGAUUUAGAAACCUUUGAAGGAGAGAAAACAGAUGAAAUAGAUGGACAUGUUGUAAGUGGCCCGGAAGUCAGUGAGAUUAACCUAGUGUUGUUAGCUAUCUAUUUGGUAUUGAUGCAAACCAUUCUCAUCAAUUUUCUUAUAGCAAUGUUUUCGCACACAUUUAAUAAGUUUCAGGAGAACAAUGAACUUGUUUGGAAAUUUCACAGAUUUUCGCUUGUCCAAGAGUAUUAUGAUAGAUGUUUGUUGGUGCCACCACUAAUAAUCAUAAACCACAUAAAGAGGGCCUUCUUUUAUAUCUUGUACAAAUGUUGUGACAGUAAAACAAAUCAAGUAAAUGUUUUCAGAAUAGAGAUUAAAGGCAAAGAAAAGAAAAGACUGGAUUUAUUGGAAAAAGAUGCAGUUAAAAGCUACUUGAAUUCGUCAAUUAGAUUACGUAGAUCUCGCGCUAAGACUAUAUCGAGUGAUGAUGGAAGCUUGGAAGACCGUUAUAAACACGAUACAGAGCUUAGCUUACAAGAACAAGUUGAGGUAGUAACAGCUGAUGUUGGACAGAUCCAAAAUCACCUCAAAGAGAUCACACAGAAUAUAAAAGACAUAAAAGCAUAUAAACAGAAAAUAUUGCUAGUUGAACUUCCGCGGGGUGUACAAAGCGGAACACAUGUUCCAGAUGAAGUUUCCAUGUUUGAAUAGAACACAUGAACAAUUAAACAUUCAAUUCUUACUUGAAAACAAUUAAUGUAAAGUGAAGUCAGUGUAUAUGCACUUGUUUGUGUUCAUUCGUCUUUUGAUUGAGUUAAGCCACUUCCAUUGCUAUUUUACAGUGUGUCUUUCUAUAUUGUGUUGUUACACUAUUAUUCGAGGUAAGGGUGAAGGUUAGUUCAAUAACCUGUUAAAACGAUUAAACCUGUUGCAUUUGCUUGUACCUGUUCUAAGACAUGAACCGUUUGUUCAGUGGUUGUCGUUUGUUGAUAUAGUUCAUAAAUGUUACUCGUUUUUAUGUAAAAUAAACAUUUUUUUUGGAAGGCGGCGUUUUUGCUUGCUGUUCGGUGUCAUCUAAGGCUCUGUAUUAACCUAGAAUGGUUAAGCAUUAUAAAUUGUGACUAGGAUGAAGAGUUCUCUCAAUGACACUUAUAUCACAUCUUCUUAUAUGUAUUCACAUAAGCAUGAUCAGGCGUAAAAUCCGUUAUUUGAAUUGUGUCUCUUACCCACUUACAGUACACAUAAUUGUAAAAAGAAACAUUACUUCAAAUACAUGAAAUAUGUGACAUAAAGGUAUAUUUAUAUGUCUGGAUUGCGUCAUAGUUUUAUUAAACUCUUUUGAUUAAUUUUAUAUGCACAUUUGUAGAUUGAUGCUCAUAUCUUCACCAACAACUUUUUA